AUGCCGCCCUCAACAAAUUUCAAGUCGUACGAGGCUCAGGCCCGUCUGCUUGCCGCUCUUGUCGCGUCGCUUGACGACAAGCGCCUCGACUACAAGAAAAUUGCAAAGGCCUAUGGCGGUGGUGCGACCCCAUCGGCCAUCGAGCACCGUUUCCGGCCUGUCAAGGCUCAGGCAGAGUUCAUCCACACUAUCCUCAAUGAAGGCAAGGAUCCCGGCGACUAUGCCGUGAUCGACCUCAAGACCAAGGACGAGAUCCAGCAGUACUUCGGAGCAAGCACCGCUGAUGGAAUCAAUUUCCAAUUCCGUUCCAUCAAGCAGGGGGCUAAUGUUCUGAAAAAUGCCGUUGAGAACGGAAAUGACCCUGUCGCGGCCUUUGCCGGCCAUCUCGGCAAUGGCUCUAGCAGCGUCCCGGCAACCCCCACCCCGAAGCGGGCUAGGCCGGCUAAGACGCCGGCUUCCGGUCGUGCCGGAACUCCGGCUAGCAAACGCCGAAAGGCAACUCCUAUCAAGCCAGACCCUCAGAUUACAGACAGCGACAGCCCGGAUGUCGAUUACGACGAGCUGGACCAGUCCCCAACUAAGAAUUUGGUCAAGGUCAAAGAGACGCCGCGUAGAAACCCUGGAGAGCUUCUCCCUCGAUCCGCCUGGGCUAAGCCCGCUCCCGGCACCGGCACUCCUGCCCGCUCUUCUCUUGCGAUGGCCUCGUCGUCCAAGUCUGUCGCCGUCUCUGGCGCGGCCAACGGUAUGCGCACUCCCUCUUACACGGCGGCCAGCUUCACCGCGGCCCUGACCACCAACGCCCCAGCAGCAGGCGGCACCAUGCUGAAUACAGGCUCGUAUGCAGGUUCGGCUUCGCGCGGCACGGUCCCGGACUUGUCCACUGCCACCUUUGUCGACCUCUCCGGCAGCCCCCCGACCACUGCUACCAGCACCACUGCUACCGCAGCCAACCACGGCAACAAUACCAACUACUACCAUGACGCCACCACCCCGGCCUCGGCCUCUGACGCCCCCACCCCCACUUCUACCACUACCAUCACUGGUGCUGUUGGUGUGUCGUCGGCGGCGACCACCUUGUUUGAUCCCACCCUAAAGAUGGAGUAUCCCGCCGACACUGGCAACUUCGCGGCAGCGAUGUACGGAUUCGCCGACGGCAAUGGUGGCGGGGACAUCGAUUUCAAUGCUGAGUUGGAUGCUUGGGAUGAUGCGGGCGAUUGCUGA